AUGCUCCAGCAUUUGGCAUAUCGUCGUAGGCUUUUCUACAGUACAAUCUCGAACAAAAUGAGGCUGUCUCGAACCCCUGCUAAUAGAAUCAUUUACCUUCAGAUCAAGAAGGUUGGGAAGGCUCCAAACUCCACAUGUGGCGUGUGCCCAGGCCACCUUCGAGGCGUUUACGCCCCGACACCUACAGUUCAUAGGAGGUUGUCUAAGGUUAAAAAAAAACACAUCAGCAGGGCUGAUGGUGCUUCCAUGUGCGCUAAAUGUGUCUGUGACGGGAUCAAGCAGGCUUUCCUUAUCGAAGAGCAGAAAAUCAUUGUGAAAAUGCUAGAGACACAAGCAUAG